GAACUAGAACUGCCGGAGGAGGAGGAGCGGAGCCAAUGGCGGAGGACUCAGAAAACGGUGAGGGCUUCAAGAAGCCUUUGCUUCCUUUGGUCGCGUCGCAGAAGAAGGCGAAGUCGCAGAGUUCAAUCUCUUCAGCAGUCAGCUCUGAGCUGUCGGAGAAGGUCAGAAUCGUGGAUGAACGCUCAAAGAAAGUGACAGCAACGUCUUCAGAGAGCUCCAUGGGACAUCUGUCUUCAGAUGAGGUCCCCAUGUCUGAAGACAUGCCAGCCACUGAUCAGAAGCUCAUUGAGAAGCCUUAUCUCACACUGCCAAAAAAGCCCAAAUCUAUACCCAGGUUACCUUCCGAUAAGUACAAGCCUUGUGCUCCGCUCCCAUACGUGGAGCCACCUUGGGGUGGAUUGCCAGAAUCCCCCUACAGCUUCGAGAUCCUGAAGACGGGUUCCAUCGUGUCCGAAUUGCGACUAAACUCGAAAAGUUUUCACGUGGUCGGCAGGCUUCCCAACUGCGACAUCUCUCUGGAGCAUCCCUCAAUAUCCAGGUACCAUGCCAUCGUACAACACAGGCGAGUGGCCGACGGGGAAACCGGAGUGGGGUUUUACAUUUAUGACUUGGAGAGCACCCAUGGGACAGUUGUGAAUAAGGUGAAAAUCCAGCCCAAGACUUACCACCGGUUGAAAGUUGGCCAUGUGAUUAAAUUUGGAGGGAGCACUCGGCUCCUGGUUCUGCAGGGACCAGAAUAUGAUCAGGACACAGAGUCUGAUCUUACAGUCACUGAGCUGAAACAGCUGAAUCGACAGCACGAGCGACUGGAGAGACGAAUGUUGGGAGAUGAUGGAGAUGAUGAUGAUGAUGAUGAUGAUGAUGAUGAUGAAGAAGAAGAAGCCUCCGUCCCCAAGAAGCAACCAAAGCCUCCUGGGCCUAAACCUGAGACCGGAUGUAGUUGGGGAAUGGACGAGGAUGCGGUGGAGGAUGAAAGCGAGGAAAACCCAUAUGCCAUUGAAUUCCAGGAAGACCAAGAGGCCUUUUAUAUCAAAGACCCGAAAAAAUCACUGCAGGGUUUCUUUGACAGAGAAGGAGAGGAGCUGGAAUAUGAAUACGAGGAGCAAGGUUCUGGUACCUGGAUCUGUCGAGUCAGGCUACCCGUAGAUGAUGCCCUGGGGAAACAGCUUGUCGCAGAGGUCACGCACAGCGGCAAGAAGAAAGAAGCCAUGAUUCAAUGCUCGUUGGACGCCUGCAGGAUCCUAGACGCCAGAGGAGUCUUGCGACAGGAAGCAGUUUCUCGGAAACGGAAAUCUAAAAACUGGGAAGAUGACGAUUUCUACGACAGUGAUGAAGAUACUUUCUUGGAUCGCACUGGAGUCAUUGAGAAGAAAAGAUUGAACAGGAUGAAGAAAGCUGGGAAGGUGGAGGAGAAGCCAGAGACUUACAAAUCCCUGGUUGCCAAGUUAGCUCAAGUGGAAGAAGAGCUUGUUGACGUUGAAUCAAAGUUGAGAGUAUCUGGCAAAGCUCACGUCCAGUCACCCGCAGAAGACUCGCUGGACGCCUUCAUGACUGAGAUCCGAGCGGGGGCAGCCUUAGACAACGUCACUCGCAAGAAGCUUCACCUCCGCUCCUUCGAGCUGAAGAAGGAACAGCAAAAGUUACAGAAGUUAAUAAACUUUGUGACCCCGACAGCGUUGCCGGGGCUGAGGACCGGGGACAUUGGUUUGUCUACACAACUCGAAUCCAAACCCAAGAAAAUCACUCUACCCCUCUUUGGGGCAAUGAAAGGGGGAAAGAAGUUUAAAUUAAAGACAGGAGCUCUUGGGAACUUGCCACCUAAAAGGCCUGAGCUGCCUAGCGGUUUAUUUAACAUGAGGUCAACAAACACAGAAGAAGAGGAAGAAGAGGAAGAAGAGGUGAACAACACACCCAGCCUGGAAACCGAACCACACACUAGUUUGUCUCAAUCUUUUGACCCUCCUGAAAGCUCCAACCAGGCUGAUGGGAGCACCUCGUUGCCUCAAUGCUCUGGCGUGGAGUCAGAUCAGGAUCCCACUAUCCUGUCUACCGAAGAUCAAGAGGUUGUUAAUGAUUCUCUGUCAAAAGAAGAGCCAACAGAGGUGAAGACGUCCAAGGAUGGAAAGCCUGAAGGAAAGCGUUUGAAGAAGAAAAUGUACGGUCCAAGCAAAGUCAAACAGGAGAUGGUAGAACACACCUCAAUGAUAAGUACGGAUACUGAAGACUUAACACAGAGCAUUGCAAGGGCUUCAACUUUACCCGGGUGGGAGAUGGUGGGGUGGGGGGGGUUGAAAAUGUUUGCCGUGCCUUUUUUUAAGCCAACAAAGCUUCAAGUGCAAGUUCAAGUGCUGCACUGUCUGUAAAUGAUGUGGUGAUCAGCAGUGCAUCAAAUACUCACAUUUGGUUGAAAUAUUUAUUGGCGUCCCGACAAUUGGGAGAUCAAGCCAUCUCACUGCAGGAGGAGAACAGCCAGGCUAAGUGAAUGUUGUGUCAGGGUUUGAGAUUGCUGACUAUGUGUUACUGACCAGGACACUGGUCUCUUCAGCCCUCGUGUCUUUAUUGU